UGGACACGCAGCAUCAUGGCACCACUUGGACUAAAAGCCAUUGUUGGAGACAAGAUAAUGAAUGACGUCAUCAGAAGGCAAGAGAGAAAAGGUGAAUGGAAGGUGCUGGUGGUGGACAAGCUGAGUAUGAGGAUGAUUUCCUCCGCCUGUAAGAUGACAGACAUCAUGUCAGAGGGAAUCACCAUUGGAGAAGACAUAAACAAGCGACGUGAGCCUCUGCCCAGCAUGGAGGCCAUCUACCUGAUCACACCCUCAGAUGAGUCUGUUGAGGGUCUGAUUGAUGACUUCAGAGACCCAUCGUCUCCAAGGUACCGAGGAGCUCAUGUCUUCUUCACCGACACAAUUCCAGACACCUUGUUCGGACUGUUGACCAAAUCCCGCGCCUCCAAAGCCAUGAAGGCCUUGACUGAGAUCCACAUCGCCUUUCUGCCCUAUGAGUCUCAGGUCUUCUCCGUGGACAAACUGGAUGCCUUUCAGGACUUCUACAGCCCCUUCAAAGCUGAUGUGAAGAACCAGAUGCUGGAGCGUUGUGCUGAGCAGAUCGCCACCCUCUGUGCCACACUCAAAGAGUAUCCUGGAAUCCGAUACAGAGCGGAGUACAAAGACUGUGCAGUUCUGGCCCAGAUGCUUCAGGAGAAGUUAGACGGCUACAAGGCUGAUGACCCCUCCAUGGGAGAGGGUCCAGACAAGUCUCGCACUCAGCUGGUCAUUCUGGAUCGUGGCUUUGACCCUGUGACGCCUCUCCUGCAUGAGCUCACGCUGCAGGCCAUGGCCUACGACCUGCUGGGCAUUGAGAACGACGUCUACAGCUUUGAGACCAGUGGGAUGGGAGAGACGAGAACGAAGGAGGUACUGCUGGAUGAGGACGAUGACCUGUGGCUGACUUUGAGACACAAACACAUCGCGGAAGUGUCAACGGCUGUGACUCGUUCUCUGAAAGACUUCUCCGCCAGCAAAAAGAUGAACACCGGUGAAAAGACCACCAUGAAGGAACUGUCUCAGAUGCUGAAGAAGAUGCCUCAGUAUCAGAAAGAGCUCAGCAAGUAUUCAACCCACCUCCACCUGGCUGAAGACUGUAUGAACCGCUACCAGGGCACUGUGGACAAACUCUGUCGUGUAGAACAGGAUUUCUGUAGCGAUGGGGGCGUAGAUGCAGAGGGAGAGAAGAUCAAGGAUCCCAUGAGGCUCAUUGUACCCGUUCUACUGGACGCCACCGUCAGUGUGACUGACAAGAUCCGCAUCAUCCUGCUCUACAUCUUCCUUAAGAAUGGUGUGACUGAGGAGAACCUGUGUAAGCUCCUUCAGCAUGCCAACAUCCCACAAGAGGACAGUGACAUCAUUUCCAACAUGGCCCACAUGGGCAUGCCCAUUGUCUCUGAGGGCAUCGUCAAGAAAGCCAAGAAGCCCGAUCGUAAGGAGCGAAUCAGUGAGCAGACCUACCAGCUCUCCAGGUGGACUCCUCUCGUGAAGGAUCUCAUUGAGGACGCCAUUGAGGACAAAUUAGACCCCAAGCAGUACCCGUACAUUUCCCAGCGACAGGCAUCUGCCAAAGCCAGCGCUCCAUCAAGUGCUCGCUAUGGUAACUGGCACAGAACAGAGGCCCCAGAGAUGAAGACGGGGCCCAGGAUCAUCAUCUUUAUUAUCGGAGGGAUGACCUACAGCGAGAUGCGCUGUGUGUAUGAGGUCACUCAGGCCAAUGGCAAGUGGGAGGCACUGAUCGGUUCCACCCACAUUCUCACCCCCCCUAAAUACUUAAAGGAAUUUCAGCACCCAGACUUCCUGGACCCCAACGCCCCUCCAGAGGGCACGGAGGGCACAGAGGAGCCGCCGCCUGCAGAAUGAAAAGACAUUUGGAAGAUCAACUGAAAUCUUCACCCCUUCUCGCCUUCUGAAAUCCCUCAAAGACUUGGAGAAAGAAGAUCAGAGCAAUUAAUAAGUUCCAAUGCUCCCUCCUCAGCCCUCAGCAGUAACGACUGCUCCUCUCCCCUGGCAUAACACAUCAAAUAUACACUUUACGUUGUACUUCAGUUGCUUUUAACUCAUAAACCAAACUGUGUUUUAACAUAUGAGUGCAUUGAUGUUGAUCAAAGUUUAUUGGAUGAGAUUGGAUUUGUGUUGAAUGUUGUCUACUGUACAUCGUGGGAUGCUUAUUUCUUUGGAAACAUAAUGUAUGUGAAUUAGUUUAGAUGACUGGAUGAGAUUCAGGGAUUAAGGGCUAUAAAUGAAAUCUGGUUAAAGAGUAUAUACUGGGACAAUUAUUCCACUGCUUCGCAGUUAUAACAGAUCAAAAAUGGUCUUUUUAAUUGAAGAUGCAUGGUUUUGACACAUCUGUGUAGUCACUUUGUAACCUAUCCUCCUACCUUCUUGUAUUUUGUUGGAGCUUGCCAGUUUUUAAGUAGUGCUUUCCUUACAGUAGCAACCUUGCCAAUACUGUACAAAUCAUCAGCUUUUCAGUGAUGUGUCUGACCUUGGAAAUGCCAACGUAAAACCACUCUGAUGCUAUAUUUAGCUGUAGAUAGAUGAAACAUUUUAUAGAUAAAUGUUGUGCAUUUUUCAGUACACAGCAGUGUUUUUUGCAGUGUGUUCUUUUUCCUUUUAGAGAUCCAAUUUCCUUUUGGUUCCCUGUGUUUGACCAUUAUUUUAUCAUUGGUUAUUGUUCUAUAGUGAUUCUCUGUAACUAGUAAUCCGCUGUGUACGAAGAGAGAUGUCGGUAUUAUGACAAGUAUGUGCUUCUAUGUCCACAUCCGUGAAGAAUCUUUGCUGCAGGAUGUGUGUUAGCAAAUAAAGUGUCUUCCAUUAAACUCU